UUCACGGGUCUUCGUCAACUUCCUUUUUGAAUCAUCAUUAAACCAAUAAUUAUUUCAUUCGAACCAGAGAUCCUUCUUCACUUGCUUCAAUGGAAUCCACUCUAUUCAUCAUCAUCCUUCUUUCUGCUCUCUCUUUUGUUUCCUCUCAAUCACAAUAUGUGCCAAACCGCUACUUCAUUAACUGUGGAUCAAACUCUGAUACCGAUUUCACCGGAAAAACCUUCACAGGAGAUGAAAACCCCCCCACCUUUUCAGUUUUUGGUGGCCGCAAGGCCGAAAACAACAACUCCACGUCGGAAAUCUACAAAACAGCAAGAGUUUUCACGCAGAAAUCAUGGUACGAACUCGAAGCAGAUAGCGAUAACACGUUCGUGAUGGUAAACCUUCAUUUUUCCCCUUUUAGCUAUAACAAAAUCGAGUUAUCUACUUCCAAAUUCAAUGUUUCGGUUUCUGGGUUCUCUCUGUUAUCCAACUUUAACGUGGGAAACUCGACUGUAAUAAAAAAUUUCAUCAUCCCAAUUGGAACAAAACGAAAGUUCAGAAUUGUAUUCACACCCUCCAGUGGUUCAUCCCCUGCUUUCGUAAACGCGAUUGAAGCGUUCACAACACCACCUCAACUGUUCAAGCGUGGCGACACUUUAAAUCAUAUAUCACCCUUGGGGAGAGAUGGUGAAAUGAAUAACAUAUCAUCAUCUUAUGCUUUCAUCCCAGUUUAUAGAAUUAACGUUGGUGGUGACCGUAUAGACGUAGAUCGCGACGUUUUAAGAAGAAACUGGAUACCAGAUGAUGAAUUCAUCGUCAACAAUGAAUCAGCAAAGACAGUGAAACCAUUCGACGGUGCACUUACUUAUAAGGAAGAUUUUGCUACCAGAUAUGAUGCUCCUGAUAGUGUAUACAAGACAGCCAAACAGUUGAAUGGUAAUUCGUCGGCGAAUAAUAAUGUUACAUGGACUUUUGGGGUUAAGAAGAACACCAUGUUUCUUGUUAGAGUUCAUAUCUGUGACAUUAUAACCACAGGCCUCAAUAAUUCUGAUGAUGAAUUCAAUUUGUUCAUUUACCGGAAUUAUAGUCUGGUGAUUAAUCCGGGUGAAGUGGUACAAGCGGUGCAAGUUCCCUUUUAUUUUGAUUUUGUGGUGGAUUCGGUUGAAUCCGGGUUUGUGAAUGUUAGUAUCGGAGCGGUUUCUAGUAAUAACACUCAGCCCGUGUUAUUGAACGGACUCGAGAUCAUGGAGUUGUUGAGGAAUUCGGGCGUAGUUGAUCCAUGGAACAAUGGGAAGAGUGGUAGCAAGAAAGUGUAUGUUGUGGUUGGAUGUGUUGUUGGUAGUGUGGUGAUUGUUUUGUUAAUAGGUGUCUUUAUCGGGUUUAAGUACAGGAAAGCGAAGCCCGCCUUUGGGACGAAAACGGAAUCUAACACGGUACCAUCGCACGGUCAGAGUUCAUACAUGAGCAUGAAUUUUGACUUUACCGUUAAUGAGUCGUCCCAGAUUCCUAACUUGAAUCUCAACCUUCGGUUCCCGUUUGCGGAUAUAGUACAAGUGACGAACAAUUUCGAUGAGAAGUUAGUAAUCGGAAAAGGUGGAUUCGGGAAGGUGUAUAGAGGUACACUUCGUGAUGGAAAGUCGGUUGCUGUGAAACGAGCCGAGACAGGACACAGUCAGGGUCGGCCAGAGUUUGUGAAAGAAAUUAUGGUAUUGUCGAAAAUACAACAUCAACAUUUAGUUAGUUUUAUUGGGUAUUGUGAUGAGAAUUCUGAGAUGAUACUCGUGUUCGAAUACAUGGAAAAGGGUACUCUUCAAGAACAUUUAUACGACAUGAAGAAAGACGACGAGAAGCUCCCGUGGAGUCAAAGACUCGAGAUUUGCAUUAGCGCGGCUCAAGGAUUACAUUACCUUCACACGGGUUUAAAUGAGCCGAUAAUUCAUCGAGAUGUUAAGUCGACAAACAUCUUGCUUAACGAAAACUACACAGCAAAAGUGGCUGAUUUUGGGAUAUCACGACUGGAUAAUUCGGAUGAAGGAGAGAUGGAUAUCAAAGGGAGUUUCGGGUAUUUUGAUCCCGAAUACAUAACUUGCUUGAAAUUGACGCACAAAUCAGACGUUUACUCUUUUGGAGUCGUUUUACUAGAAGUGCUAUGUGCAAGGAAGGCACUUGAUACCAAGCUUCCUUCGGAGGAACAAAACUUAGCCGAUUGGGGAAUCAAACAGAUAAAGAAUGGGAUGGAAGAGAAGAUAAUUGAUCCAUAUCUUGUAGACAAGAUAAACCCGAAUUCGUUAAGGAUUUAUUUAGAAACGGUUGAGAAAUGUUUGAAGAGCACAGGAGACGAGAGGCCGAGUAUGUAUGAUGUGUUAUGGGGCUUAGAAUACGCGCUUAAGCAUCAACAAAAGGUGGUGGGUAAAGAGCCAUGUGAAGAUAGCACAGUGACUGCAUCGCUGCAGUCGAUACCAAUAUUUGAUCAUUUGCCUUCUAAUUAUGAAGAUAAUGAGUAUGAAGUGAACGAUAGCUCGGUCUCAAGUUUUCCAAGUGAAAGCCAAGUAUUUUCUCAGUUGAAGAUUAAUGAACCCCGAUAGUAAAGGGUUGGAACAUGAUCAUGCUUUUGUGCCCUUUGUCACCACACCACCGUCUACUCUUUUAUGCGUAAUCGUGUCUUAUUGAUUACUCUUGUCAAGUCAAGCAAAAGUUUACUACCAUAUACGGCGGCUAAGGUAAGUACAGUCUUUAUCUAGUA